AUGCAGAGAUCGCUCCGCCUGGCGCUGGCCCAGUUCAACCCCACCGUCGGUGAUAUUCCCGGCAAUACCGCGCGGAUCAUCGAGUUGGUCGAGGAUGCGCGAGCGCGACACGCGGAUGUGGUGGCUUUCCCGGAACUGGCGGUGACCGGAUAUCCGCCGGAAGAUUUGCUGUUCAAACCGUCGUUUUUGUCCGACUGCGCUGUCGCGAUGGAACGAAUAGCUGCGGCCACGCGCGGGAUCGCCGCGUUCGUGGGUUGCCCCGACAUCAUCACCGGCCGCAACGACGUUGCGAACGCCGCCGCGAUUAUCAACGACGGGCGUAUCCUGGACUGGUACCACAAGAUGUACCUGCCAAACUACGGAGUCUUCGACGAGGACCGGUAUUUCCGGCGCGGCGAGGAAUGCCCGGUCUACGUCAUCAAUGGAACCUCGGUGGGCGUCGGUAUCUGCGAGGAUCUCUGGUACCCGAUGGGCCCGAUUGCCGUGCAGCGCGAGGCUGGCGCCGAGGUGAUCGUAAACAUCAACGCGUCGCCGUUCCACGCCGGCAAGGCCGGACAGCGCGAGCGGAUGAUCGCCACGCGCGCCGCCGACCACGGCGUAUUUGUCGCCUACCUCAACGCGGUGGGCGGCCAGGACGAGUUGGUCUUUGACGGAGCCAGCGUCAUCUGCUCCCCGGACGGAGCGGUGAUCGCCCGUGGGCCGGCCUUCGAGGACAGCCUGAUUGUGGCCGAUCUGAACGUGGAAUCAGUGUUCCGGCAGCGGUUGCGAGACCCUCGGGCCCGCAAGGAGAACCCGCAGAUCCUGAGCGAGGUGGGGCCGGCCCGCGUGACGAAAGUGUCGGAGAAUCGCCUUUCGGACCGCCCGCAGGCGCCGCCACUGUUGUGCCGGUCGUUGGACGAUACGGAAGAGGUGUACCAGGCCCUGGUGGUGGGCACCCGCGAUUACGUGCGCAAGUCGGGGUUUGGUCGCGCUCUCAUCGGGCUCUCGGGCGGCAUCGACUCCGCGCUGACAGCCACGGUGGCAGUGGACGCGCUCGGCUCGGAGAACGUGGUCGGCGUCACGAUGCCGUCGCGCUACUCCUCGGAGGGCAGCGUCGCGGAUUCGCAGGAACUGGCGGACAACCUGGGGAUCAGCCUGUGGCGCAUCCCCAUCGAGCCGGCGCACCAUGCCUUCACCGAGAUGCUGGCGGCGCACUUUGCCGGCACGGAGGCCAAUGUUGCCGAGGAAAACGUGCAGGCGCGUGUCCGCGGCAACGUCCUGAUGACCAUUUCCAACAAGUUCGGUUGGCUGGUAUUGACCACCGGGAACAAGAGUGAGAUGGCCAUGGGUUACGCAACGCUCUAUGGCGACAUGGCCGGCGGUUUCGCGGCGCUCAAGGACGUGCCCAAAACCCUGGUUUAUGAGCUGUGUAAAUGGCGUAAUGAACGGACGGGCAACCGGCUGCCGCUGAUCCCCCAGGCCGUGCUGGACAAACCACCCAGCGCGGAGCUGCGCCCCGACCAGACCGACCAGGACACGCUGCCUCCCUACGAUCUGCUGGACCCGAUCAUCAGGGCAUACGUCGAGGAGGACUACGGGUACGCCGACAUGGUGGCGAUGGGACACCGUCCCGAAUGGGUGCGGCAGGUGAUUGCCGCAGUUGACCGCAACGAGUACAAACGCCGGCAGGCGCCGCCUGGAGUGAAGAUCACCCCGCGGGCCUUUGGAAAAGACCGGCGGUUGCCAAUAGUCAACCGCUACCGUCCGGCGCCAUCGAAGGGAUGA